CGUCUCAUUAUUAGAGANAAAAAGGACGAAGUCGCCUCCUUCGUUGCCAACUAUAUUGUCGCAUUUAAGCCAUCGACAGACAGACCUUUUGUACUUGGCCUACCAACUGGUAGCAGUCCAGUCGAGGUCUACAAAAACUUGGUCGAACGUUACAAGAUUGGGGAGAUCUCAUUCAAGGAUGUGGUAACUUUCAACAUGGUAAGNGACGAGUACGUUGGGCUCCCUCGUGAACAUUCGGAGUCCUACCACAGCUUCAUGUACAAGCANUUUUUCUCCCACGUCGACAUCAGGCCCGGUAACAUCAACAUUCUGGACGGCAAUGCUGUGGACCUCGAAGCUGAAUGUAUAGCUUAUGAGGAGAAGAUCCUUCGAGCGGGCGGCAUUGAGCUGUUUCUUGGUGGAAUUGGCCCAGACGGUCACAUUGCUUUUAAUGAACCAGGCUCCAGUCUCUUGUCUCGCACACGCGUCAAAACAUUGGCAUACGACACCAUAGUCGCUAAUUCGAGAUUCUUCGACAACGACUUGGCCAAAGUGCCACGUAUGGCACUUACCGUAGGUGUCAAGACUGUUCUGGACGCCAGAGAAGUUGUGAUCUUGAUCACCGGCCCGCACAAAGCCCUGGCGCUUCAGAAAUGCAUAGAAGGNGGUGUGAACCACAUGUGGACGCUUUCGUCUCUACAGAUGCAUCCUCAUGCGAUGAUUGUUGUGGACGAAGAUGCCACCCUCGAGCUGCAGGUCAAGACCGUCAAAUAUUUCAAGUCUAUUGAACAGGUCUCGCAGUCCCAAGGCUUUACACAGACCUUGCCCGACCUCAGUCUCAUCAUCUCUAAGCGUGAGUCUGUCAUCGAAGCACUCGAUUCUCCGAGAUCGCCAGAGGUCACGCCAUACUCUCUGGCAUUACCAGUGCCGUUGGCGUCUGCCACACGCAACGUACCUCCAAGAGGGACAUACGANGUUGGUUACUAUCGGCGAGGGCUUCCCCUGCUGAACGGGGACAUCCUCGGUGGCAACAUUAGAGCCGUUACACCAGAUUUCAUGCCAGACAGGAUGAUGGACAGGAUCAAGGCCUAA